AAUUUUUUGGAAAAUGGGAUUGCUCUCAUACAACACAGUUAUCCAAGACACCCUGCUGUCAGCGCCGCUCAAUGUGACUAUUAAAGAGAUUGAAGUCAACUCUGCGUUGGUCACAUGGGAAAUCUUGGAGGGAGAUCCUGUCAUUGGAUUUGCCAUCACCCAGCAGAAGAAGGACGUGCGCAUGCUGAGGUUCAUACAGGAGGUGAACACCACCACACGCUCCUGCGCUUUGUGGGAUCUGGACGAGGACACGGAGUACAUCGUCCACGUUCAAAGCAUCAGUAUGGGAGGCAGCAGCCCCCCCAGCGAACCUGUCCUCUUCAGAACGCCCAAAGAGUCCGAGAAACUGGCUUCCAAAAGUCCAGAUGAGGUGACGAUGAAGGAGGUCGGUCAGGCGGCCCAGCUACGGGCGGGAGAGCUCAUCAUUAUUGUCGUGGUGCUCGUCAUGUGGGCAGGGGUGAUUGCCUUGUUUUGUCGCCAGUAUGACAUCAUAAAAGACAAUGAGCCCAACAACAACAAGGACAAAGCCAAGAACUCCUCAGAGUGCAGUACUCCAGAGCACCCACAGGGUGGGCUACUGCGCAGUAACGUCUAAGACCAGCUUGGCAUCACCUUCUGCAAUAACCAACUCCUCUAACCUCAGGACAGGCCCUGAGACCAAUAGAAAGCCAUUCUCAGAAAUCAUUAA